GAUUGGUGAAAUCUUUAAUCAGUUUGUACAGCUACAGCCACUUGUGAACUCCAAACUUUCUCCGGACGAUUAUUCUUCCAUGUAUCAAAACAAUUCAUACUAAUAAUUCUACAUUAUAAUAAUCAAAGCAUCAAUCUAUUUUAUAUUUCUUCAACCCUCCCGUGACCAACCACAGACUGUUUCUUCACAUGACACACCUAAAUAUUCUACAAACUCUGACUCUAAACUCUCCCUACCUUGUCUUAUAAAAUGAGGUCCAAACAAGGAGUUUUUUUAUAGUGGGGCAAUAAAAUGGCUAAGACUCAAGUUUUUCUAAAGUGGGUUGUGGCAAUCCUGGUGAUAGCUUUGGUGGGUGGAGCCAGGGCUGUGCCCGUUUGCAACAUUGACACAAAGCAGCUGGAUCCUUGCAAGCCUGCAGUCACCGGCAACUCACCUCCACGGCCAAGCAAGGAAUGUUGUAAGGUGGUUAGCAAGGCUGACUUGCCUUGUCUUUGUAGCUACAAGAAUGUUCUUCCUGCCGUUGGGAUUAACCCCAAGCAUGCCUUGGCCUUGCCUAAGAAAUGUGGCCUUAAAACACCACCUCAAUGCAUAGUGCAUUGAGGCAGCUGAUAAACUUCACAUCAACAUAUUCAAGGAUUCUUCAAGAUUUGUCUAGUCAUAUUUGUUUAUUUUUAUGUCAUUCCAGCUUUUGUAUUCAAUCACCAAUGAAAAAGUCUGCAUUCUUGUUUUACUGUUUCAUAAGAUGUGCAUUAUAAAGAACCAUGUAAUGUUCAGUUAGUCGUCUGUUCCAUUGAAGUAUCCUCAAAAGACAUCUGAUCUAAUUUGAAAGCAUUUACAGAACUAGUCUCAAACUUAAUUUGCUCAUUCGAUUCACCUAACGAUGGAUCGAUU